CGCAGCGACGGCGGCGUUUCCGCACGGUCGGCCGGGCGCUUUCCUCCAGGCAGUUGGUCUGUGGGCAGUGGAGACAGCAGAGCCCGGGGUCAGCGGGGUCAGCGGGGCCAGCGCAGUGAGGACCCGCCUGGACCAUGGACGGCUCUUUCGUCCAACACAGUGUGAGGGUCCUGCAGGAGCUCAACAAGCAGCGGGAGAAGGGCCAGUACUGUGAUGCCACCCUGGACGUGGGGGGCCUGGUGUUCAAGGCGCACUGGAGUGUUCUUGCCUGUUGUAGUCACUUCUUCCAGAGCCUCUACGGAGAUGGCUCAAGAGGCAGUGUUGUCCUCCCUGCCGGCUUUGCUGAGAUCUUUGGCCUCUUGUUGGAUUUUUUCUACACUGGGCAUCUCGCCCUCACCUCAGGGAACAGGGAUCAGGUUCUCCUGGCAGCUAGGGAAUUGCGAGUACCAGAGGCUGUGGAACUGUGCCAGAGCUUCAAGCCCAAAACCUUGGUGGGACAGGCACCAAGUGGCCAGAGUGGGCUGGGGAAACCUGCCUCCCGGGAUUUGAACAACCACCUCAAGGAGCCAGUGGGCUUGGAGGAAGAGGAAGUUUCAAGGACUCUGAGUCUAGACCCUAGGGAUCUGGAGUCCAGAGGCAAUCAUAGCCCACAGAGGCCCCAGCUCAGUCCUCCUGCUCAGACUGAGAGUUCCUCCUUCUUCUGUGGAAAGCUGAAGCAGGCUCUGAAGCCAUGUACCCUAGAGGAUAAGGAGCCUGAGGACUGCAAAGUGCCCUCAAGACCCUUUGAGGCUGAAGGUGCCCAGCUGCAGGGCGAGAAUAAUGAGUGGGAAGUGGUGGUUCAAGUUGAAGAUGAUGGGGAUGGCGAUUUCGGUUCUGAGCCUGAGGCUGUGCUGACCAGGAGGAAGUCAAACAUAAUCAGAAAGCCCUGUGCUGCUGAGCCUGUCCUGAGUGCAGGUUCCCUAGCAGCUGAGCCUGCUGAGAACAGAAAAGGUACAGCGGUGCCAGUUGAAUGCCCCACAUGUCAUAAAAAGUUCCUCAGCAAAUAUUAUCUAAAAGUCCACAACAGGAAACACACUGGGGAAAAACCCUUUGAGUGUCCUAAAUGUGGGAAGUGUUACUUUCGGAAAGAGAACCUCCUGGAGCAUGAAGCCCGGAAUUGCAUGAGUCGAUCGGAACAGGUCUUCACAUGCUCCGUGUGCCAGGAGACCUUCCGCCGGAGGAUGGAGCUGCGGGUGCACAUGGUGUCCCACACAGGCGAGAUGCCUUACAAGUGUUCCUCCUGCUCCCAGCAGUUCAUGCAGAAGAAGGACCUGCAGAGCCACAUGAUCAAGCUACACGGAGCUCCCAAGCCCCACGCAUGUCCCACCUGUGCCAAGUGCUUCCUGUCCCGCACGGAGCUGCAGCUGCAUGAGGCUUUCAAGCACCGCGGGGAGAAGUUGUUUGUGUGUGAGGAGUGUGGGCACCGGGCCUCCAGCCGCAAUGGCCUGCAGAUGCACAUCAAGGCCAAGCACAGGAACGAGAGGCCGUAUGUCUGUGAGUUCUGCAGCCACGCUUUCACCCAGAAGGCCAAUCUCAACAUGCACCUUCGGACGCACACAGGCGAGAAGCCCUUCCAGUGCCAUCUCUGUGGCAAGACCUUCCGUACUCAAGCCAGCCUGGACAAGCACAACCGCACUCACACGGGGGAGAGGCCCUUCAGCUGUGAGUUCUGUGAGCAGCGUUUUACUGAGAAGGGGCCCCUCCUGAGGCACGUGGCCAGUCGACACCAAGAGGGCCGGCCCCACUUCUGCCAGAUCUGUGGCAAGACCUUCAAAGCUGUGGAGCAGUUGCGUGUGCAUGUCAGACGACACAAGGGGGUGAGGAAGUUCGAGUGUACUGAAUGUGGCUACAAGUUCACCCGACAGGCUCACCUGCGGAGGCACAUGGAGAUCCACGAUCGGGUGGAGAACUACAACCCACGGCAGCGCAAGCUUCGCAACUUGGUCAUCGAGGAUGAGAAGAUGGUGGUGGUGGCGCUCCAGCCACCUGCAGAGUUGGAAGUGGGUUCUGCUGAGGUCAUCGUGGAGUCCCUGGCCCAGGGUAGCCUGGCCACCCAACUCUCUGGCCAGAGACUGUGUGGGGAUGACAGCUUUGCUGGCUCGGGUGUCCUGGAGCCCUCCCUUAUCAUCACGGCUGCCGUCUCUGAGGACUGUGACACGUAGCCCAUCCGCCCACCCACUUGGCCCCAGCCCCCAAUAAACCACAUGGCUUUGGA